UCCGGUUUUAAUGCUGAUUUAGCACAAAUUAAUUGGAAUUCUAUAAUCGCGAAUAAAAGGGACAAUAUAGAUAAACUAUUCACCGCUUUUUACGAUAAAGUAAAUAAUUUAACAAACAAAUAUUCCCCAUUAAAACUUAUUUCUAAACGAAUGAUAAAGCAAUUUUCUAAACCAUGGAUAACUAAAGGAAUAAGAAGGUCAAUUAAAAUAAAAAACAAAUUAUAUCAUUCUGCGGACAAAAACAAGUACAAACUAUAUCGAAACAAAAUAACAAUCUUAACACGAAUUAGCAAAAAAUCUUAUUUCCACGAAUAUUUCAAUAACAACCUUACAAACAUGAGAAAAACGUGGGAGGGCAUAAACAACCUGAUAAACCGCAAGAGAAAGAACCAUAAAACGAUCACAGCAUUAAGAUGCCCAAUUAAAAAGGAAAUGAUCAAGAAUCCCAAAGAUAUUCCUGACAUUCUAAACAAACAUUUUUCAACCAUUGCUAAGAAAUUAGCUUCUAAAUUACCCAACUCAAACACACAUUUUAGUCAAUACCUUAAUAGCCACAAUUAUCUCAAUUCGUUCUUUUAUAACCCUGUUAUCCCCUCUGAGGUUGAAUUUGAAAUUACUUCAAUGCCUUGUAAUAAAGCAGAUGGACUUUACUCGUGUCCUAUACGCAUCCUAAAAUGUAUAAAACAGCAAAUAUCUUGGCCACUAGCUGAAAUAAUAAAUCUUUCAAUUCAAACAGGAGUAUUUCCUUCAAAACUAAAGCGUGCCAAAGUUGUUCCAAUUUAUAAAACUGAUGAUGAAACUGACCCAGGAAACUAUAGACCAAUCUCGCUGCUCUCUAAUUUUAACCAAAUUAUUUCAAAAAUUAAUGUACAAACGACUUAA